AUGAGGCUACAAACAGUGUCAUCGAGAGGAUUGGCAACGACGCUGAAGCCUUCAGGAAUCAGAGCGGGUCUCAUAUUAUCGCGGAUUCCGAUCAUCACGCAGGAUUUGAACAAGCUUGAAAAACAGUACUAUGAGUACCAAAGUGAGCUGGAAAAGAGACUGAUGUGGACUUUCCCACAGUACUACUACUUCAAACGAGGCACGCUAGCCGAAAAGCGGUUUUUGGCGGUCCAAAAGGGUCCUGUCAGCAAACAACCUGGUGUAUGGUUUCCUCAAGGUGUCCCAGACAUCAAACACAACCGUGAAAGACGUACCAAACAGGUGGUAAACCUGCCACAGCACUUCGAUUCCGCCGCUGGCGACCAGACAAGUGACGCAGAUAGCGUUUCUAGACCCAUUGUCCCCAAUUCAAGAUCCACAGAAGCAGACCAGACCAACGACGUCCAAAGUCUUGAAAGAAAACUCAGCGAAACGCUGUAUCUGCUGGUAAAAAGCACAGAAGGUAAAUGGCGUUUUCCCAGCUUCCCAGUCGCCAUUGAAACUGAGUCAAAAAAACCAUUGCAUGCCACAGCGGAAGCUGGCCUUAGAGAGCUGGGAGGCGCAAAUGUCAACACUUGGACCGUUUCCAACACUCCAGCAGGCGUUUGGGGUGCCGCUGAUUCUGCAGAGUUCAUGAUAAAGUCUCACAUUGUUUCUGGGAGAUUUGAUCUCAAGCAAAAGUCCCAAUACAACGAUUUCGCAUGGCUGACGAAAGAAGAGAUUCAGCAACGUGUUGACGACGCAUACUACCGGGGAUUAUCUUGUCUACUGGCAGGUAAAUGA